AUGAAGAAUAGUUCAUUACAUCGAUUUAUACCUUUACCAAUUAAUGAAAAUUUUACAUCCCUAUCGUCAGUAGCUCCUCGAGAAUUAAAUCGACUGUCAACACAAACAACUAUUUCUGAUGAAGAUUGCGAUGAUAAUUCACCACUAAGUCGUUUCAUGUUAUACACACACUUUAAUCUUCGACUUCAAACACAUAUUUAUAAUUUUCUUGAACGGCCAAGUGGUAUAUUUUGUUUUUUAUAUCAUUUUACUGUAUUUAGUGUUAUUAUUGGUUGUCUUGUUUACAGUUCAAUAUUAACAGUUUAUGUUGAUCAAUCAGAUUCAUUAUUAUUUUGGGUGGAAUCAAUACUUUUUCUUUUAUUUCUUAUUGAGUAUAUUGUUCGUAUUUGGUCAUCUGGUUGUCGAAUGAAAUAUCAAGGUUAUCAUGGUCGAUUUUUAUUUAUGCGUAAAUCUAUGUGUAUUGUUGAUUUAUUUGUUAUUCUUGGUUAUGCUAUAUUAUUAAGUAUGAGCCUUAAUCAUACACAAUUUAAUGUACAAAUUAUGCGAUAUGCUAGAAUAUUACAAAUACUUCGAUUUCUUCAUGUCGAUCGACGUCUUACAUCCUGGCGUUUGCUUGGCGCUGUUAUUUAUGAUCAUCGUUAUGAAUUGGGUGCUACAUUUUAUUUUUGUUUUAUUUUUCUAAUUAGUAUUGCUUAUUUGAUAUGGUUAGUUGAAAAAGAUGAAAGUAAGCCAGCCAGUGAAGAUAUGUUUCAUAGUUUUGCUGAUACGCUUUGGUGGGCAAUUGUAACAAUGACGACCAUCGGAUAUGGUGAUAAAUAUCCUCGCACUCAUAUGGGCAAAAUGAUAACGUCAUGUUUAUGUAUUUGUGGUGUAGCAUUUUGGACGCUACCAUCUGGCAUCAUUGGUUCAGGUUUUGCACUGAAGGUUGAACAGAAAAAACGUGAAAAACACUAUAACCGAUUGAUUCCUGCUGCUGCUACACUUAUUCAAUGUUGGUGGCGUGUGAUCGCUUCUCGUGAUUUGAAUCACAGAGCAACAUGGCGUAUUUAUCGUGUUGAAACUAAACGAACGAAUAAAUUCGGUCGUCAUACUGGUUCAGCAUUUUCUGUGAAUACCUCGAAUAGUGAAAAUAGUACAUCACGUCUACGUAAUGGACAAAAUCCGUCGCCAAAUUUUUCUUCAAAUGGUAUAUCAGUAGACAAAACUUCAUGGCGCAAAGUUGAAAAUGGCGGAGAUCUCCAUAAGAAACAACGCAUUGCUAUACAAAUGAUACGUGUAAUUAAGUAUCAUGUAGCUAGAAGAAAUUUCCAGGAAGCACAUAAACCAUACGAUUUUAAAGAUAUUAUGGAUGAGAAUGCACGAGGAAAUAUUAAAGUUAUGUAUGCAAUUACUGAUAUACAACGACGUUUAGAUCAAUCAUUAGGCACGCCGAAAUCAUAUUCAAAUAAUUUUUCCGAUAAAGAUCGUGAACAACUUACAUUAAAUGGGCGCGUAUAUCGAUUAGAAACUAAAAUAAGUGAUCUUGAAAAGAAAACAAAUCAUGUUAUUUCAUUACUGGAAGAAUUAUGUCAACGUUCACGUGGUGAAGGAACAAAUGUAGUAAUGAAUCGUAUGCCAUCCAUAGCCGACGAACUAAUAUAG